AUGAGAGCUAUCUUUAAACAAACCAGGUCAAUUAGACCUAUUCGUUUGCCAUUGGUGAGACCAUUCUCGUCUUCCCUUCUCAAAUUACAGGAGUCCCCCAAAUCCAACUCUCAAGAUGAGCCAAAGUCAGAUGAACCAAAAAGAAGACCCUUGAGUAGAGUUGCAAUUGGUGGUUCAAAAGAGUCAAUGAAACAAUUCAACAAGGGCAGUGGGUUGGAGUUUGCUACCUGGAAAGCCGUAGUUGUCCUUCUCGUAUUUGGUGGUAUAGGUACAUACUUUUUCCAACAAGAGAAAGCCAGACUACAACGUCACAAGGAAAUGGAGCAAAACAGAAAGGUUGGAACCCCAUUGAUUGGAGGACCUUUUAAUUUGAUUGACACCAAUGGGAACCCAUUCACGGAAAAGAACCUUGUUGAUCCAAAAGGAAAGAAGUUUUCAAUUUUAUAUUUCGGAUUUACUCAUUGUCCUGAUGUGUGCCCCGAAGAGCUUGACAAGUUGGGAGAUAUGUUGGAUAUCCUCAAACAGAACAAAGUUGAAAUCCAACCGAUUUUCAUCACCUGUGAUCCAAAUAGAGACACCCCUAAAGUUGUGGAAACGUACUUGAAGGAUUUCCACCCAGGCAUUAUCGGAUUGACUGGUGAUUAUGAGGAAGUCAAGAAUGCUUGUAAAAAAUACAGAGUUUACUUUUCAACCCCACCAGAUGUCAAACCAGGCCAAGAUUAUUUAGUUGAUCAUUCAAUUUUCUUUUACGUUUUAGAUCCAGAGGGUAACUUUGUUGAUGUUAUUGGAAGAGAAGCAUUGGCUCCCGACAGUGCCUUGAAAAUUACUGAAAUGUCAGAGGCGUAUAUCCCAAAAGCAGAGAGAGAAGCAAAGCAAAAGGGAAUGUUUGGAUUUCUUUAUAAAUAG